GCCUAUAUAAAGUGAUCUCGGUGAAUCGGCUCAAUCUGCAUUGUUCUAACCUCUUCGACCGCGCCGCAGAGAAGCCGAGAUGGUCAGUGAGGAUUUUGCCAGCACAAAACCAGAGAGACCACCGUUUCCGUCCCAUCGUGGGCAGGGCCCAUGUGGAUGCGGCCAUCAAUUCAAGGGGCUGUCUCUGUCCCUUUCCCUGACCAUCAUUUAAUUGCUUUCGACCUUAUUUGACUUUCGUCCCUUCGUAGUUUUGCUUUCAAGAAUUAUUUGCCUCUGUCACAGUUUCUACUGGCAUCCGAAAUACAACCAAGCCAGCCAUUCCGCGACACAGCUGACUCCAAGUCCAACUUACCAGAACCAUUCAUACAAACCGUAGAGGGAAGAAGAGGGGAGGGGGAAAUCUGGGAGCAAAAAGCUUGGGUUGCCAUCAAAGAUCUGGCCACCCUUUGUCGUCUUCCGGGUUCACAUGCUUCCAUCCGCGUUCGAAAGCAUUGAUUUCCCAUUGCUUGCCAGCACCAAGCUUUUUGUCCCCGUCUCUCCCUCGGAACCGAUGAGAAAAUAAAAAAAAAAUUUCAAAAGCUGGAGAAUGAGGGGCUGCUUCUUCCUACCAAGAUCUUUUGCAUUCUCACUUGUGUUCCGAUUCGCUCAUGUGGACUUGCCUCUCUCGUCCUUCUCCUCUGCAUGAUUCUUUGAGGAUGUAGGAAUUGACAGUUGAACUUCCCCCUUCAAUGCUCUUGCCUAUUUCUCCUCUAUAUUGCUUUACCAAACCCGAAGCUUCUAAAUUGGCUUCUGUGGUUCACGCCGCACUACAGUGCCACUGCCACUGUUCUCCCCCCCUACUAACCCCUUCAACUUCUCUGUGGAUUUGCCAACUAAUCUGAGGAAUCAGCUGAGUAACGCUACACGUACGUGAUUCCCAACUAGCAUUUUUCCCAAGACACCAGAUAGCCACAUCACUCGAUUCUCUCAAUCCCCACCGCACUACAAGAGCCCCGACCCAAGCAAGAGUCUUUCUGGAAAGCUCCGCAAACCCAUUUUCCGAAAGCUCCCUCUUCCUAACUGCAGAUGAAAGCAAAGCCAACUAGAAUGCCAUCUCCAUUUUCCUGCCUCUUCCUGCUCUUCCUCUCUCUCUCCCAUGUCUCCUCAGCCCCGCAGCAGCAGCAGCAGCAACCCAUCAAGACCAUCGUUGUGUUGGUGCUGGAGAACCGGUCCUUCGACCACAUGCUCGGAUGGAUGAAGAAAACCAUCAACCCCAUGAUAAAUGGCGUCACGGGAGACGAGUGCAAUCCCGUCUCCACCAACAACUCGAAGCCCCAGUCGAUUUGCUUCACCGACGAUGCUGAAUUCGUGGAUCUUGAUCCGGGGCAUUCCUUUGAGGACGUGGCUGAACAAGUGUUCGGCUCUGGGGAAAUUCCUUCCAUGUCUGGCUUCGUGGAGCAGGCGCAGUCCGUGUCACAAAACCUCUCUGAGAUUGUCAUGAAAGGAUUCAGCCCGGAAUCAAUUCCUAUAUAUACCGCUCUCGUCAAGGAAUUCGCAGUCUUCGAUAGGUGGUUCUCUUCGAUUCCAGGACCAACGCAACCCAACAGGCUCUUUGUGUACUCUGCCACUUCUCACGGAUCAACCAGUCACAUUGUGAGGCAACUAGCUGCUGGGUACCCGCAAAAGACCAUCUUUGAUUCGCUUUAUGAGGACGGUUUGGACUUCGGCAUCUACUUCCAGAACAUACCCAACACUCUGUUCUACAGGAAUUUGCGGAAACUGAAGUACAUCUCCAAUCUCCACCUAUACGAUUUUAAGUUCAAGAGAGACGCCAGAAAUGGGAGGCUGCCCAGGUUGACCGUGAUCGAGCCGAGAUACUUUGAUCUCAAGGGCCUGCCGGCUAACGAUGAUCAUCCAUCGCAUGAUGUUGCUAAUGGGCAGAAGCUCGUGAAGGAGGUUUAUGAAACAUUGAGGGCGAGUCCUCAAUGGAAUGAGACCCUUUUGAUCAUCACAUACGACGAGCAUGGUGGGUUCUAUGACCAUGUCAGAACUCCAUAUGUUGAUGUUCCUAACCCGGAUGGUAAUACUGGCCCUGCCCCCUUUUUCUUCAAGUUUGAUCGGCUCGGGGUUCGUGUGCCAACGAUUAUGGUCUCUCCUUGGAUUAAAAAAGGAACUCUGAUAAGUUCCCCGACAGGACCAGCUCCAAACUCGGAGUAUGAGCACUCCUCCAUUCCCGCAACCAUAAAGAAAAUGUUCAACCUCACCUCCAAUUUCUUGACUCACCGAGAUGCAUGGGCCGGGACAUUCGAGCAUAUCGUCGGGGAAUUACAAUCUCCUAGAACCGAUUGCCCAGAGACAUUACCCGACGUUACACCGCUGAGGAGCUCUGAAGCCAAUGAAAACAGUGGAUUAUCUGAGUUCCAGAGUGAGAUUGUCCAGUUAGCUGCUGUUCUCAAUGGGGACCAUUUCCUAACCAGUUUCCGCGAUGAGAUGAGCAAGAACAUGAGUGUGAAGGAAGCUCAUGAUUAUGUGAAAGGUGCUGUUUCCAGGUUCAUUAGAGCAAGCAAAGAGGCUGUCAGAAUGGGCGCCAACGGAUCUGCUAUUGUCGACAUGCGCUCCUCACUCACUACGAGAUCUUCAAUUCGAAAUUGAUUCAUUUGUUACGUUCUCUCUCUGUUGGUCAUGGUCAAUAUCCAUGUGUAGAACUGUGAACUACAAAACUACUGAAUAGAAAAGGGUAACCAGUGUCAAAUGAGCAGGGCAACUACUUUGCCA